AGAGAGGAGGAACUAUAUUCGAGUUCGUGAUAUGCAAGCAGGGUGGUGGUAAACAGACAGAAUUAUACAGCAGACAAUUUCGAUAUUUAGUUAACACUGAAAAUUAAUUUGUUUCGUCUUGGCGAGUAUUUCACAUCUACCCUGACGAUACCCGGUGCUGCCACAGACUGUGAGCUAACCGUCGACCUAAUAUUAGCAAGAUAGCUAACUACUUAUCUCGUUAAAUCGUUCACAAAGCGAGGCUUAGUUACUGUUAGUACUAAUAUAACAACAUAUUCAUCGUAAAAAAACGGCAGGCUGCCUUGCAAGACCAACGGCAAGUCUCAGAAGAAGAAAUGGGUGUUGAAAUGAACGAGGCCUCGUUACGGUUAGAUGAGCGUCUGCUACACUUCAUGGACCAGUUGGAGUUACUUGAGGAGAAAAGGGAGAGACUGAACUCCCUCAUUGAGCAGGGCUGGUUCUCGAUCUCCAAAGCUCGAUAUGCCAUGGGAAACAAGCAAGUCUCAGCUCUGCAGUAUGGAAGCGAGAUAGAACCACGAGUUUACAUUCAUGCCAGAACUAUGAAAAACGGAGAAGCCGAGUUCCAUGCCGAAAGACUGGAGCAGCAGAAUCUCCAAGAUUCCGAAAAGGACCCUAGACCAGUAGAGGAGAUUGGACCCAAAGAGGAAGGUUUAAGGAGAAGAGUGACUGCUAAAACAGAAGACCCCAAGGAGAAACCAGUGGCUUCCGAAUCACCCGUUUCGAAGGAGGACUCCGGUCGACCAAACAGAGUACAGCCCCAACACCAGGAUCCACUGAAUUGGUUCGGCAUCUUGGUCCCACAAAGUCUCAAGCAAGCUCAGCAGGCUUUCAAGAAAGUGAUCGAGCUAUCAGCCGAGGUCGCGACCCUGCAGAGCGCGGUCAUGGCCACCAGGAAGGAGCUGCAGAGCCUGAUGGGGGAGAAGCGCAUGGCCCUCGUGGAGAGGAAAGCACCCAUACAAGCAGAUGAGCCGGCAGACAGCUAGACAGACACAUAAACGCUGCAUAGACUGAUCACAACGCCCUCAUCUUUGUUCCCUGAGGCUACAGCUCAGACAUUCCUGAAGACACGUGUCUCUUCAUUCAUGUAGCUGAUACGGACCAGAGUCCUCUUGACAAAACUGUGUCUGCGAUAUCUUUUUUUUGCCCAAGGAUACACAAAUGUUGACCUCCUCUAAACUCCAUCUGUUGCAAGCAGAUUUGUGUCACAGUCAUUUCCUUCAUGGAAGAUACUUAUUUAACAAACCAUUAGACAGUAGCAAGCUCCUGUGUGCGCUUCUUAAGUCACACAUGGAAACAGUGCAACUAAUCAUUGCAGUGUUGUAGUGAUUCCUGCUAUUAUCUCAGCUACACAUGAGCAAAGUUUUCAUCCUACUGAAUGUGGCUGACUACAACUGCAUCAGUAAAAACACUCACCGAGCACUGAAAGCAGAGAAAACACAGUGUAACUCUGGUCCAUGAUGUGAAUCAAGUUUUCCAAAUGGACUGGAUUGGCAUUGUGCUGCAAUGGUGUAGCGCAUGGUGAGAUCAGACCUGGGUCCAUUACGUUCGAGGAGGUGCAGUCUUGUCCCAUUCUUGUCAAUUUGCGUUGCUAUUAGUUUAGUUAUGAAUGCCAACUUUACUAUGAUUUAAUACCAUUUCACUUGUCUGUUUUGUAGGAUAGGUGUGCUACUUUCAAAUAUGCAGGUUUAUA